GAAGCGGCGCGGGCAGCGGGCGGAAGCCGUGCUGGACUGUGCCGGCCUGUGCUGGGCAGUGCCGGGCCGUGCCGGGCCGGACACACCGGAGCACCGCGGCCAUGGCAGAGCGCGUCGAGCAGCGGCUGGAGGAUCGCAUCCCGGAGCUCGAGCAGCUGGAGCGGGUCGGUCUCUUCACACACAAAGAGAUCCGGGCUGUCCUGAGGAAAGUCUCGGCUCUGGAGUACAAAAUCCAGCGGAGAGCGCUGCGGAAGGAGGAUUUUAUUAAUUAUAUCCAGUAUGAAGUUAAUCUGCUGGAACUGAUCAAGAAAAGAAGAGCACGCAUUGGAUAUUCGUUUAAGAAAGAUGAAAUUGAACACUCUAUUCUGCAUAGAGUCCACAGUCUGUUCAACCGAGCUACAGGGAAAUGGAAAGAUGAUGUCCAGCUCUGGCUUUCCCAUGUUGCAUUUUGCAAGCAAUGGAAUGCAAAACAUCAACUCAGUAAGGUGUUUUCUACCAUGUUGGCCAUUCAUUCCAAUAAACCAGCACUGUGGAUUAUGGCAGCAAAGUGGGAAAUGGAGACACGACUGUCAUCAGAAAGUGCCAGGCACUUGUUCCUUCGUGCUUUGCGCUUCCAUCCUGAGUGCCCCAAACUUUAUCAAGAAUAUUUCAGAAUGGAGCUUAUGCAUGCUGAAAAACAGAGGAAGGAGAAGAAGGAAUUUGAACAAGCAAAGAUGGACCUGGGGGAAUUCAGUUACUCUGAAGAAAUUCUUAAUGGGGAGAUGGCACGCAUAGUCUACAGGAAUGCUUCUCAGAAAAUUAAAGGUGUUGAGUUCCAGCUGGCUGUGCUCUCUAUUGCAAAGCUCUUUGAUUUUACCCAAGAUUUGCAAAAAGAAAUUCUUGAAAGUUUGCAGGCCAGAUAUGCUGAUGAUCCCCUGACAUGGGACUACAUGGCCCGCCGGGAGCUAGAGCUGGGCUCCCUGCAGCCCACAGAGCACUCCACAAAGCAGAAGAAAGUCUCAGAAAUGGCCCAGAGAGAGGAACGGUGCUGUGCAGUCUUUGAUGAAGCUGUGGGAGCAGUCCCAACAGAGGACAUGUGGAAAUGCUACAUCACUUUUUGCUUAGAGAGGUACAAGAGAAAAACCAACAGUGAAGAAUUAAAGCAAAAGAGGCUGGAGAGGACACUGAGUGUGUUCAGCAAAGCCCAUGAAUCCAGUUUGCUGUCAGAAGCUCUCUACAAGCAAUGGCUUCAGCUCUUACUGGACUCCAGCCUCUCUGAGAAGGCUGUGGAGGUGGCAGAAGCUGCAACCAGGCACUUCAGCCAGUCCGUGGAAACGUGGCACAUGAGGCUGCAGGUGCUGAUCCAGCUGAAGAGGGAUGAUGUGACCCAGUGUUUUGAAGAAGCCAUUAAACAUGUGAAAUCUAAGGGCACUUUGCCAUUGUGGACACUCUGGGUGGAAUGGAGUGAGGGCACAAACAGCAAGGAGGACACAGAAGCUCUCUACCAGAGAUCCUUACAUGCCACAACACCUGCUGAAUCUGUGACUAUGAAGGAAAUGUAUCUUGACUGGACUUACAGAAAUAGUGGUUAUAAGAAAGUUAAAAGACUCUUUACUAGCCUAUGUGAAAAUCGUCCAUUUUCACUUGACUUCUUCAGGAAGAUGAUCCAAAUAGAAAAGGACCAAGAGUCCUGCAAAAUGCUUCAUCUGAGAGAAUACUAUGAACGUGCCUUGAGAGAGUUUGGUUCAACAAAUACUGACCUCUGGCUGGAUUAUAUCAAGGAGGAGCUAAGUCAUCCCCAAGGCAAACCAGAAAACUGUGGGAGCAUUCACUGGCGAGCUAUGAAGAUGUUGCAGGGAGACCUGGUGGAAGAUUUUGUUUCUAAAUACACUUUAUUGCAAACUGGACAUUUAUGAAAAACUAUACAUAGUUACAACAUAACUGUGCAUUUUUAAACUUCUUUGUACAAAGGUAAAUAUGUUCCUGAACUUUAUUAAAGUUUACCUUUACAUUUUAUAUGACAAAAAAGAAUAAUCUCUGUUGCAGUCAUUUCUAGUGUUGAUUCUGCCAGAGGCAGGUUCAAGUGCACAGUCAGAGGAAGCAAACCUCUGAGGGUGUUUUCAUCAAGACUUCUGAGAGCAAACUCUUGAUCUGCUUAAACAUUCAGAUAGUUCUAGUGCAUCAGUUUUUACACUCUGGAAAGCUAAUAUUACAGCACCUAAAUGCAAAAAACCCCAAACCAAACCCAGUGGAAGCUACACCUGUAGGUCAUCUUUUUAUCUUAUGAAGUUGGAUCAUGGAAAGUGAAACACUUUUCAUUAGGUAAUGAGAAAUCAGUAAAAUUGCAGUAUUUAUUGCUUCCUAGCCUUGAAAUAAUCUGUAAUCCUCAUGACAAAAAGAGAAACAGCCUCUGCAGAUACCUUGUAUUGAUGUUUGCAUCCUGAGAGUGAUGAAGGGUAGAGAGGAGCUGUAGAGAUCUGUUAGCAAUGUCCUUGAGGUGAGAGUGCAAAGCUCUGAUCUACACUUCAACUUUCUGUCCACCAUGGCUAAAAAACAUGUAAUGUUUUUUGAAAGUGUGCUGUCCUUGGCUGUUUACAGAGCCACAAACCUGAGAAAUCAACAUAAAUGCUAUCCUUGGACCAACAGAGAAAUGUAGGGAAAGUACAAGAACAGGAAGCAAGUGUUCCUUUGUGCAAUUUCCUGCUGACUGAAAGGUGACAUAAUGAUAAUACAGGGAAAUAUUUCUUGAUUUUCCACUCAAGUAGAAAUUGGAGCUCCUCUCAAGCAAUGAAUUCCAGUAACUUAACUAGCUGGGAAUAAAGUUUGGAGCAGCAGUCUGAUAAGAUUCCUCCUUCUGUGACCAGAUCUGAGGUACAUCCUGCUUUUGUGUUUCCCAAGCUUUUAGGCCAUCUCCUAUAUCCCCACUAGUUCUCUGCCAUCUCAUCGUCUGACAUUGAGAUUUCCUUAUUGAUACUCUCUUAUACCCUCCCUGCCCCUUAUGCUGUUACUCCCUCUCCUGAACCACUUCUUGCUUCAUCAGUUGCUCAACUAAAAGUUUUUAAGUGCAAAGUUUGGAAUUUUUAAAGUCCAACAAAGCUGGUAACUGCAUCAUUUCAGAAAGUGGGCCCUUUUCCGUCAGCUGUUCUGGUUCCUCUCAGAACUUCGCCGUUCUCCCCAGGGAAACACAUUCCCUGCAAGCGCAGGUGCUUGACCCCUGCCACAGCUGUUCAGCCAAGGCGUUUCCUGUCUCUUCAUGUUCUGAGCAUGCUGCUACCACGAGGCCGGAAGGAAAUCGUUGUCUUUCGGCAAGGGGAAAACUCCAUCCAACCAUGAGAGGUGAUGGCUGCUGCCUCUGAGGCUGCAAAAUCUGAGGGGAAACAGCUUCCUAAUAAGACAGAAACGAUGAUCUGGAAGCCCAGACAAGGUGAAUGUGGUGAAACAAGACUGCUGUGUCCUUUGCUCUAGUUUACAGAGUUAUUUUCCAACAAGAAAAUCCUGAUUUGCACUGGUGCUGUGGUGUAAGGCUAUGCCCACUCUUCCCAACCAACUGAAAUGUGAGGCAGCCCUGUAGUGAUAUUACACGUAUAAGAAACUGCAUGUAUUACAUAAGAUUAGUAGUCACAAAAUGCAUUUCUGUACCUCCCUGAAUUACUGUGUGCUGAACACUUAAUUGUUCUUGUUUAAUUUCUGAGUGUACCUGUUGGUGCUUUUUACUGGUUGUAGAAUGUUUGCUGCAGAAUAUUCCAAAUGUUCCUGAUGGCAAGUCUGAAGAUAGUGAAUCUGCUUCUACCUCCCCCAAUGAAGGUGAUGCCAGUGGCUCUACUGAUGAGGGCUGGUACAAUAUAUAUGCUGACCUGGAUGUGUGGGAUAGUGAAGUUUCCAAUGUACCUGAAUCUUCAGGGCAACAAGAUGCAUCUGAGCAUGAGGUGGAGGACUGGGAUAAAGAAUUGGAGGAGUCUGCAUCUGGUCCUUAUGAUGCUGACGAUCUCUCCGGUGGAAGCUUUGAGGAAACUAAUCUUUUCGGCUCGUAUGUAUGGAAGGAGGAUUGGUUUUACAACCCAAGCUGUCACCACACACCUUGCCUCGUUUUUCCACCACGAGUUAGAACAGUUGAGAAGGGCCAGUUUGAUGAUGCUGAUGAAUGAGGUUGAGUCUGGUCAGAAUUAAGUUUGGCUUCUGUGUUGGGUUAUGUUCUUCAGUGACUGAGCUGUGCCAAGUCCCUUGGCUUUUUUGCAGAGUUGGGCCUGAGGCCAGAAAUGCGUCACCAUCUCCGGAGUUUUGCUUAGGCUGUUUCUGAGCUGUUCAUAAACUGCCCACCCUUGCCCUGGAGACAAGAGUGCAGGUGCUGGGUUUUAGGAGUCAGUGCAUUUCUGGAGGUCUUGUUUGUAUUAUAUAGAUCUAUGUUGCUAAUUAAUUGCUUGAGGAGAAGUAUUUAAUUUCUAAACUUGUUUGCCAGGCUUCUGUCAGUUUUGACAUGCUGAUCCCUGUGUUUUUGUGCAACUUUUAGUUUUGUUUUCUUUGCAUUUGAUGCUGUCAGAUUGGUUUGGAUGGCUUUAAAAACUCUCCCUCCUUCAAGCUUUUCUGUUGUGUUUCCAUAUGGUUCUAAAGUCCAUUUGUGAUUCUUAUGCUGCUGUUUAACAAAAUCAGCGGUGGCGAAUACAGAAUAAGUUGUUUUGUGUUUAUUUUUAUGUAUUUCAGCAUAAAGGAAUUACAAAUACAUGAUACACAUUUUGCAAAUGCAUGUGUUGAUAUACAGGGGGGGCAUACUCCAUCCAGUAGGAGUGCUGGGUGCUUAAGGCUGCCUCCCAACAAAGAUUUCUCCACAUCAGACCUUCUUGUGUAUGGGCAUAUUACCCUAGAGUCCCACAGUUAUCUUUGUUACAUUGUCAUGCAACAUCAGGUGUUCAAUGACAAAGAAAAUACCUCUGCUUAUAUAUAUAUAUAUAUAUAUAUAUAUAUAUAUAUAUAUAUUUCAGCAUAUUAUCUCAGUGUCCUGCAGACAGUAUUGAAUUAAGGUUGCUGAUGCUGUUCUGCUGUUUCUGUUGUGGCAAAUGAGGAGAUGGGAACACAAAAUACCUCCACAGAGUCCCUAAGAGAAGAGGUGGAACUAGAACCAUGUCCUUCUCACCUUUGCUCUGGAGUUAAAGGAAGUGUUUUCAAAUGAAGUAUAUAAGUGAAUUGAGUGGCUGGUCACCUGAGUAACAAUAACUUUUGACGUGCUCAAGUUUCAUUAAACACUUUUAUAUCAAAAA